AUGCUAACUAGGGAAGAAUCAAAAGAUUCUUCCGCGUCCUCCUCUUCCAGAGAAUUAUUCAAAUUUUUUAAUAAAUUGCUUGUUGGCCAAUCUGCUGUUCCCGAAUUUAUCUUAGACAAUUAUAUGCUUUUUUCUAUUGUCAAAUUAAAAGAUGGCUCUGCUACUUAUUUUGGCUUACUUGAUAGCUGGUAUUUAAUGAGUAAAAUAGAAAUUGUCAACAAAAAUAGAAAAAGCAUUUCCUUCAUUCGUGAAAAAAAUUCAGAAACUGCGACUGAAUCUCAGGUUUUAGAAGGAAUGGCAUAUAAAGAAAAAGAAGAUGCCAUCCGUGCAAAGGGAAAAAGAGAUUUUCAAACUUCAUCUAGAUGUUUUUUAUCUGCAGCUAAAUAUUUCCAAAAAAUUGGUGAUGAUUAUAAUCUUUUAGAAGCUGCUGGAUGUUACGAGGAUGCAUACAAAUCCCUACAACAGUUAAAUCAACUUGAUAAAGCGCUUAAAGCAUUAGAAACUGCCGCUUCAAUUUAUGAAGCGAAUGAUCGUCAACAUUCUCGUGCGGCUCGUACGUAUGAAUCGCUCGCCGAGCAACAUAAAAAGAUUACUAACCCUAAUCGAAAUUUGGAAAAGGCGCUCGCUAUGCACAAAAAAGCUGCUGAACUUUUUGAGUUAGAUGGCGAUGGUCGCUACUUAUUUUCCCUUAUAUCACAAGCUGAAUUGUCUGCUGAGCUUGGUUACUAUGAACAAGCCAUUAUACUAUUUGAACAAAUAACUGCUACUGCCGCAAAUGAUUCAUUGCUUAACUUUAAAGUCAAAGAUCACAUUUUUUGGCAAUGCCUAUGUAUAAUUGCUUUGGAUGAUUGGGUUAGGCUCGAAAAACAACUGGCUCAGUCUUCCGAAUCAUAUCCAAUCUUUACAGAUAGUAGAGAAUCUUUUGCUACGGCUUGUAAAAAAUAUGACGAAUUAACAAAGCUAACGCCUUGGCAAACUAAUAUUUUACUUAAAGCCAAAAAAGGUUUAGAAGUUGAAGAUUUGCAGUGA